AUGGCGUCCAAUACUUCCUCUACGGAUGCUGUGUGCUACUUGAACCUUUCGGAAAAAGCAGCAUCGAACAACUCAUCAACCAACGGCAAUAAUCGCAAUGCCAUCGCCCUUCCGGUAGCCGUCCCAGAAGAUCGCCAGUACAGCCUAAGCCGUUACCUCGCUCCAUCGAACCAGCUUGCCCUAGAUCACCCCGAGUAUCGUCUCCGCGCUCCGAUGGCCUUCAAGCCUCAGGUCAGCAACCGAGAAAGCCGACGACAGAAUAAGAGACGCAUGGAAGCCAUCCUGCGCGCCGUCGAAGCCAAGCUCAAUUCUUCUGGUUGA